UUUACUUUAUUAAUCCCAAGUUCAGGCUCACGAGCAAAAACUGCAACACGCACUAGCAAAAUGUUGCGCUUUAAUUUUGAUUAUUAUUAUCAGCCCCUUCUCCUUAUUCUUGGCGUCACAAGAAUUCAGCAAGUAUCCACAUCCGACAAAAACAUGCAAGAAUUUAUCCUCUAUACAGAAAAAUACCCCGCCUCGCAAUAUUGUAACCGUGCAACUUGUGAAUCUCGUAGUUUCAACGGAAAUUUAAAAGACCUCACCCAAUUGUGGGGUCGAGCCGCGCACAAUACGGUUAAGAGUUGGUGUAGCGCGACACAAGGAAUGUGGCUUUUCUUCUCUGAUACAAACUUCUCUCCAAACAGUUCUUACAGCGGCUUUGUAAAGACAUCUCGUCCGGACAGUGACCGAACUAGGUCUAGCGUGAUGCAAUGUGUUAAUCUACCGAAAAAUCAAGGGAUUCGCUCCAUCCGACAUUUUGCACAUGCAAAUCUCUCCAUCCCUGCCAUGACCUUAUUCACCCUAGAUUAUGACUCUGGCACACUUCAGAAGGAGUUUUUCAUCGACGGGGAGGCCGUUUCCCUACCAGCACCGAUGACUUUUGCAGCGUAUGCCUUCUCAGGAUUUGAACCUUGGACUAUUUUCGAUCAAGUGAAUUUUCGUGGUAGCACAACUUGUCUAAAUCUACCUCGGGAUUUUGAUCCGAAACAAAAUUCCGACGUGGCGCUACUUUCAGCUGGAAUAAAUGUGGACAUCAUCCUCGGAUCGGCGCGGCUAGGUUGCAGUGGGGAUGAAGAUUACAAUCUGUAUCCGCUAAAUUCGACAACAGCCGUGCUCAAUUUGGGCGACUCGUUAACUUUGUUCUUUGAACAUGGAAGCAGAAAUCAGCAAUCUCAGCCGGACGCAGUGAACGAGACGAUUAUUAUCGACGAACUUCCUAACGACGACAUCUUCCCACCACCAGCAUUCAUUGUCACCGUUCGUGACAUGGGAAGCGGAAAUAAUAAUUCGACAUCUCAGAUUUACUUUUCGGGGUUGGAACUUGUCCUACCCGAUGUGUACAAUGUGACCAGCUUUCUUCCCAUCAAUCCUAAACGUAAUGUGACCAUGGAGGGGCAUUGGGAACUAUGUUCUGAUCUGGAUUUUACGGGAAUUUGUACUUGUCUUUUGGCAAAUAACACAAACAUAGCUAUUCUCGAGCCUGACAUAAUUUUUAUGUCGGCAAGGUUUGGUUGUUCUGUUUCCAAAGAAGUUGGGAAAGGUGGCGGAUCAAGGCUAAUACUGCAACAAUACACAUCUUUUCUAAUUUUUGUCAUUAUAACAAUUUUUUACUAAAUGAAUAUGGAUCACAUUAUUUAUUUUGUAUGUAGUCGAUCUAGCAAUAAAGCGACUAAAAGUUAUAAUACGAAA